CACGCAUUCUAAACCCUCGUAGAACUCUCUAGAACACGAAGCCUCUGGUCACACUCCACGCACUCCAUAAAGUGAUAAAACCCCGCUCUCUCACCCCCUUGUUGCCUCAUACGAAGUGUUGGGCAUUGCGACUCCAGAGUCUUCUGUUCGCUUUCUGUUGAUUCUCUUCCGAUCAAGUAUCUGGUUCUCAGCGGUUGAAGAUGGACGAUUUCGAUAUGCCCGCUGGUGAUGAGAUGAUGAUGGACGAGGGCUUGGAUGUCCCCGACGAGAGCCCCAUUUUGAAAGUAGGUGAGGAGAAGGAGAUCGGCAAGGAGGGAUUGAAGAAGAAGCUCGUCAAGGAAGGUGAAGGCUGGGAUACACCUGAUAAUGGAGAUGAAGUUGAAGUUCAUUAUACUGGGACUUUACUUGAUGGUACUCAGUUCGAUUCCAGCAGGGAUAGAGACACCCCCUUCAAGUUUACUCUCGGUCAAGGGCAAGUAAUUAAGGGAUGGGACCUAGGUAUCAAAACUAUGAAGAAAGGUGAAAAUGCCAUAUUCACCAUUCCUCCUGAGCUUGCUUAUGGUGAAUCAGGCUCUUCGCCAAAAAUUCCUUCAAACGCCACUCUUCAAUUUGACGUUGAACUUCUGUCUUGGACUAGUGUCAAGGACAUCUGCAAGGAUGGUGGGAUUUUCAAGAAGAUAAUGGCUGGGGGAGAGAAAUGGGAGAAUCCAAAGGAUGCAGAUGAAGUGCUAGUUAAAUAUGAAACCAAGCUUGAGGAUGAUACUAUUGUCGCAAAGUCAGAUGGAGUUGAAUUCACUGUCAGGGAAGGUCAUUUUUGCCCUGCUUUGUCGAAGGCUGUAAAAACGAUGAAGAAGGGAGAAAAGGUACUUCUAACAGUGAAGCCACAAUAUGGGUUUGGGGAGAAGGGAAAACCAGCUUCUGGUGAGGAAGGAGCAAUCCCACCAAAUGCCACACUUCAGAUUACUUUGGAGUUGGUUUCAUGGAAGAGUGUGACAGAUGUGACUGAUGACAGGAAGGUUACUAAGAAGAUCCUCAAGGAAGGUGAGGGGUAUGAGCGCCUGAAUGAUGGAGCUGUAGUUAAAGUGAAAUUGAUUGGGAAGCUGCAAGAUGGAACAGUAUUUAUAAAGAAGGGUCAUGGUGAAGAAGAGGAGCCAUUUGAGUUCAAGACUGACGAGGAACAAGUUAUUGAUGGCCUUGAUAGAGCUGUCAUGACAAUGAAGAAGGGUGAGUUAAGUUUGGUGACAAUUGCUCCUGAGUAUGCUUUUGGAUCCUCUGAAUCACAGCAGGAGUUGGCUGUAGUGCCACCCAAUGCGACUGUGUACUAUGAGGUCGAGCUGGUUUCCUUUGUCAAGGAGAAAGAAUCUUGGGAUAUGAGUGUACAGGAAAAGAUUGAAGCUGCUGGUACAAAAAAGGAAGAAGGCAAUGCAUUUUUCAAGGCGGGUAAAUAUUUUAAAGCGUCCAAGCGAUAUGAGAAGGCUGUGAAGUACAUUGAGUAUGAUUCUUCGUUUGGUGAAGAGGAGAAAAAGCAAGCGAAAGCAUUGAAGGUGGCCUGCAAUCUGAAUGGUGCUGCUUGCAAACUCAAGCUAAAGGAUUAUAAGCAGGCAGAGAAGUUAUCCACCAAGGUAUUGGAUUUGGAUAGUAGAAAUGUUAAGGCUCUUUAUAGGAGGGCUCAGGCAUAUAUUCAGCUUGCUGAUCUGGAUUUGGCCGAGUUUGAUAUCAAAAAAGCUCUUGAGAUAGAUCCUGACAACAGGGAUGUGAAGCUGGAAUACAAAACCUUGAAAGAAAAGUUGAGAGAAUUCAACAAAAAGGAAGCCAAAUUUUAUGGCAAUAUGUUCGCUAAGAUGAAUAAGUUGGCAUCCAUUGAUUCUGAUAAACCAGCUGCCUCCAAGGAUCCAGAACCCAUGGCUGUGGACAACAAGACAUAAGGGCAUCAUAAGCUUUUGCGCCCGGCGAAGAUGCAAGUAGUUGCUUAGUUUUUGAUACUUUUAAUCUUUUAUGGGAUUGUUUGAAAGUCAAUUGAGUCGUGUGAUGGAGUCAUGAGAAGGCUUCAAGAUCUAUUUCUAACAGUGAAGUAUAUGUGAAUUAAGGACUGAUUUGAGUCUAGUCUGAACCAGAGUCUCAUGGUUGGAUACUAGUUUAUUUAUUUGAAAGAUAAUAAAAAAAAUAAUUUUAUGAUGUAAAAA